AAAACUGUGUGGCAGCGCUCACAGCUGUGCGGCAAGUUUCGCAAAGUGAAUUUUAAUGGCAAUAACAAUGUGUACUAGUUGAAACCAAAUUAAAAACCAAAAACCAUAUAAUUCAGCGCACUAUGGAUCCUGUGGUAUUCUUCGUUGUGCUGACAUCAAUAUAUUGCGCACUCUACUUUUUCGAUCGCUUUUUUAAGAGCUGCAUGCAUUAUCCAUACGAUGCCUUUCUGCGUAAUACCGGAUUGAAAAUCAAUUUCAUGAGCAUACAUUGGCACUCCAGCGCAAGCAGUUUCAAUCGCAUGCUCAUUCGUUGGGGCUCCAGCUCCGGCAACGGCUUUCUGCGCAAUUCUCUAGUCAAAAAUUUUAAUGUUGGCGUGCUGCUGUCCUUUCUGCUGCUGCCCAUAGGUCUUAUCCUAUUAUUUAUAACCAUAUUUAAUGGACGUGAUCCAGCUGGGGGCGCAGCAAUGUCAACGCCGGCAGUGCAGUUGGAAAUCCUACUGCCGGGAGUAAAUUUGCCGCUUCAGGAGAUUGGUUACUAUAUAGCCACUCUGGUAAUGUGUACGCUGUUGCAUGAGCUGGGACACGCAUUGGCUGCAGUCCUGGAAGACGUUCCAGUCACGGGUUUUGGUUUUAAGCUAUACUACUGCCUGCCUUUGGUGUACACGGAGCUGUCGCAUGAUCAUUUAAAUAGCCUGCGCUGGUUCCGUAAGCUACGAAUACUCUGUGCCGGAAUUUGGCAUAAUUUUGUAUUUGCCGCCAUUUGUUACUUGGUGAGCUGCUCGCUGGGAUUACUACUCUCGCCACUCUAUGUGCACAAUCAACACGUAAUAGUCACAGAAUUGACGCCCAAGUCGCCGUUGCGCGGUGAGCGGGGCCUGCAGCUACAUGAGGUCAUCACCCAGUUGAACGAUUGUCCGAUCAACAGCGAACAGAGUUGGCUGCAGUGUUUGCAGCAGGCUCAGCACCAACGCUUGGGCUACUGCAUUAGCUCCGACUUCAUACGGCUAAACGAUGAGAGCAUAGACAUCUCACAUCACAGCGCAGAUGGGCGUUUGCAAUGCUGCGAUGUGGGCAAUCCCAAUGUGAGCUGCUUUGAGCAUGUGGAGGAUGUGGUCUUGGCAGCGCCGCUGGAGAUACCGCAGCAUGUCUGUCUGCAUAUACGCAACACAUUGGAGGAAGCCACUGCUUAUUGUCAGCCUGGUGUAUGUGCCCAAGGCUAUUGCUUGCGUCCCAUGCUGCCCAACACCACCAGUCUAUUAGUGUUCAAGCGUCAAAAUCUGCAGCAACAGUCGCUGCCCAUGAUCAUCUAUGUGGGACAGCCGCAGGAUGUGGUGCGUAGCGUCCGUGUAUCGGCCUUUGUGCCGCGCUUUGAAGAGUUAAGCUCCGCAUGGGCGGAUUCCUGGUCGCUACUGCUGCGCUACAACGUGGUUUUCAGUAUUGGCUUGGCCUUGAUUAAUGCUAUACCCUGUUUUGGCUUUGAUGGCGCUCAUAUAACCAGCACGGUUAUACACAGUUUUCUCGUGGGACGCGUCGAUCAGCAUGCCAAGCGUGAUUUAAUCUCGGUGAUUAUCACCAGCGUGGGUACGUUGCUCUUUGGCCUGGCACUGCUCAAAGUUAUAUGGCUGAGUUUGCUCAGACCUCUGCUUUAAACUGAAAUGCUUCAAUACGCACAC